CACCUCUCCCUCCCGGCGGCUCGGAGACAGCGCCGGGGAGCGCGGCGGCGCGCGCUGAUUGGCUCGCGGGCGGAGCGUGCAGGGCCGGACGCGCCCCCGCCGGCCAAUCAGGAGAGGGAUUAAAGGAAUUGGCCGCUGCGCCUCCUCCCGAGGCAUGCUGGGAGCCUGGAGGACUAGCGAGGAGGAGUUGAGAGAACGGAGCAGACGCCAUGGCGGCCGACAUCGAGCAGGUUUUUAGGUCUUUCGUGGUCAGUAAAUUCCGGGAAAUACAACAGGAGCUUUCCAGCGGAAGGAGUGAAGGCCAGCUGAAUGGUGAAACAAAUGCACCUAUUGAAGGAAGCCAGGCAGGUGACACAGCUGCCUCUGCAAGGAGUCUCCCAAAUGAAGAAAUAGUGCAGAAGAUAGAGGAAGUCCUUUCUGGGGUCCUAGACACGGAACUACGAUAUAAGCCAGACAUGAAGGAGGCCUCCAGAAAAAGUAGAUGUGUAUCUGUACAAACAGAUCCUACUGAUGAAGUUCCCACCAAAAAGUCAAAGAAGCAUAAAAAGCACAAAAACAAAAAGAAGAAAAAGAAGAAAGAAAAGGAAAAAAAAUACAAAAGGCAACCAGAAGAACCAGAGUCCAAGUUGAAAUCUCGUCAUGAUGGGAAUGUUGAUCUAGAAUCUGAUUCCUUUCUAAAGUUUGAUUCUGAACCUUCAGCGAUGGCACUGGAACAUCCUAGGAGAGCAUUUGGCUUCCCUGAGGCCAGCGAAGCCCCUUUAGUGCUAGAGCCUCCAGUAGGGUCAGCGGAGGUUCAGGAGGCACACAUUUUAGAGACUCUGAAGCCUGCUACCAAAACUGCAGAACUGUGUGUUGGAUCUACAUCAGUGAUCUCAGAGCAGUGUGAACAGCCUGGGUCAGUUACGAUGGAACCACCAAUGGCGAAGACUCUGGAUUCCUUUGUAGCAGCACCAGUGCCUAUGUCAGCAGCAGUGCUGAAGUCACCUGAGCCUGUUGUAGCAAUGCCAGUGGAGCAUCAGAAGUCUGUGCUCAAAUCUUUGGAAACUACGUCUCCAGAGAUAUCAAAGACCACGCUGGUAGAGCUUCCCAUAGCAAAAGUGCUUGAGCCGUCAGAAACCCUCAUGAUAGUAUCAGAGACACCUACUGAGGUGUACCCUGAACCAAGCACAUCAACAAUGGAUUUUCCAGAGUCAUCUGCCCCUGAUGCGCUAAGACUGCCAGAACAGCCCGUAGAAGCACCAUCGGAGAUUGCAGAUUCAACCAUGACAAGACCUCAGGAGCCACUGGAGCUGCCUAAGACCACAGCGGUGGAGCUGCAGGAGUCGUCGGUGGCCUCAGCCCUUGAGUUGCCGGGGCCACCUGCGACCUCCAUGCUGGAGUUGCAGGGGCCCCCCGUGACUCCAGUGCUGGAGUUGCCUGGGCCCUCUGCCACCCCAGUGCCCGAGUUGUCAGGGCCCCUUUCUACCCCAGUGCCCGAGUUGCCAGGGCCCCCUGCGACAGCAGUGCCCGAGUUGCCAGGGCCCUCUGUGACACCAGUGCCACAGUUGUUGCAGGAAUUGCCAGGGCCUCCAGCACCAUCCGUGGGGUUGGAGCCACCACAGGAGGUCCCAGAGCCACCUGUGAUGGCCCAGGAGUUGCCAGGGGCACCUGCAGUGUCAGCGGCGAUAGAAUUGACAGGGCAACCUGCUGUCACAGUAGCAAUGGAGUUGACCGAACAACCUGUGACGACGACAGAGCUCGAGCAGCCUGUGGCGAUGACAACGGUGGAACAUCCUGGGCAUCCUGAGGUGACAACAGCAACAGGGUUGCUGGGGCAGCCGGAGACAGCAAUGGUGCUGGAGUUGCCAGGACAGCCAGUGGCAACCACAGCUCUGGAGUUGUCUGGGCAGCCUUCAGUGACUGGGGUGUCAGAGUUGUCAGGGCUGCCUUCGGCAACUGGGGCACUGGAGUUGUCAGGGCAGCCUGUGGCAACGGGGGCACUGGAGUUGCCUGGGCAGCUCAUGGCAACUGGGGCACUGGAGUUCUCGGGGCAGUCUGGGGCAGCUGGAGCAUUGGAGCUUUUGGGGCAGCCCCUGGCAACAGGGGUGCUGGAGUUACCAGGGCAGCCUGGGGCGCCAGAGUUGCCUGGGCAGCCUGUGGCAACUGUGGCGCUGGAGAUUUCUGUUCAGUCUGUGGUGACAACAUCGGAGCUGUCAACGAUGACCGUGUCGCAGUCUCUGGAGGUGCCCUCGACGACAGCGCUGGAAUCCUAUAAUACGGUAGCACAGGAGCUGCCUACUACAUUGGUGGGGGAGACUUCUGUAACAGUAGGAGUGGAUCCCUUGAUGGCCCAAGAAUCCCAUAUGUUAGCUUCUAACACCAUGGAGACCCAUAUGUUAGCAUCCAACACCAUGGACUCCCAAAUGCUAGCAUCCAACACUAUGGAUUCUCAGAUGCUAGCAUCCAAUACCAUGGAUUCCCAGAUGUUAGCAUCUAGCACCAUGGACUCCCAGAUGUUAGCCUCUAGCACUAUGGACUCCCAGAUGUUAGCAACCAGCUCCAUGGACUCCCAGAUGUUAGCAACCAGCUCCAUGGACUCCCAGAUGUUAGCAACCAGCAGUAUGGACUCCCAGAUGUUAGCAACCAGCAGUAUGGACUCCCAGAUGUUAGCAACCAGCAGUAUGGACUCCCAGAUGUUAGCAACCAGUUCCAUGGACUCCCAGAUGUUAGCAACCAGCAGUAUGGACUCCCAGAUGUUAGCAACCAGCAGUAUGGACUCCCAGAUGUUAGCAACCAGUUCCAUGGACUCCCAGAUGUUAGCAUCUGGUGCUAUGGAUUCUCAAAUGCUAGCUUCUGGCACCAUGGAUGCUCAGAUGUUAGCAUCUGGUACCAUGGAUGCCCAAAUGUUAGCAUCUAGUACCCAAGAUUCUGCUAUGAUGGAUUCAAAAUCUCCUGAUCCUUAUAGGUUAGCUCAGGAUCCUUACAGAUUAGCUCAGGAUCCCUAUAGGUUGGGUCAUGACCCCUAUAGGUUAGGCCAUGAUGCUUACAGGUUAGGACAGGACCCCUACAGAUUAGGCCAUGAUCCCUACAGACUAACUCCUGAUCCCUAUAGGAUGUCACCCAGACCCUACAGAAUAGCACCCAGGUCCUAUAGAAUAGCACCUAGGCCAUACAGGUUAGCACCUAGACCCUUGAUGUUAGCAUCUAGACGUUCUAUGAUGAUGUCUUAUGCUGCAGAACGUUCUAUGAUGUCAUCUUAUGAGCGCUCUAUGAUGUCUUAUGAACGCUCCAUGAUGUCCCCUAUGGCUGAGCGCUCUAUGAUGUCAGCCUAUGAACGCUCUAUGAUGUCAGCCUACGAGCGCUCCAUGAUGUCACCUAUGGCUGAGCGGUCUAUGAUGUCAGCCUAUGAACGUUCUAUGAUGUCAGCCUACGAGCGCUCCAUGAUGUCACCUAUGGCUGAUCGAUCUAUGAUGUCCAUGGGUGCCGACCGGUCUAUGAUGUCAUCGUACUCUACAGCUGACCGGUCUAUGAUGUCAUCGUACUCUGCAGCUGACCGAUCUAUGAUGUCAUCUUACACUGAUCGAUCAAUGAUGUCUAUGGCAGCUGAUUCUUACACUGAUUCUUACACUGAUUCCUAUACGGAGGCAUAUAUGGUGCCUCCUCUGCCUCCUGAAGAGCCCCCAACAAUGCCACCAUUGCCACCUGAGGAACCACCAAUGACACCACCACUGCCUCCAGAGGAACCACCAGAGGGUACAGCAUUAUCCACUGAUCAGUCCAUGCUAACAGCCGACAAUGCUUGGUCUACAGAGGUGACAUUACCUACUGAAGAAUCUGUAUCACAGCCUGAGCCUCCUGUGAGUCAAAGUGAGAUUUCAGAGCCUUUGACAGUACCUGCUAAUUAUUCAGUGUCAGAAUCUGAGACUCCAAUGUUAGCAUCAGAGGCUGUUAUGACUGUUGUAGAACCUGCACAGGAGCCAGAAUCUUCAGUUAUAUCAACACCAGUUGAGUCUGCUGUAGUAGCCGAACAUGAAGUAGUUACAGAGAGACCAGUGACGUACAUGGUUUCUGAGGCUACCAUGUCAACUGAACCAACUGUGUUAUCAGAGCCUUCCCUUAUGUCAGAGACAUCAGAAGCAUAUAAUUCCAUGAGACCAUCAGGACAUGCUAUCUCAGACGUAUCUGUGUCCCUCUUGGAGCCAGCAGUGACUGUUUCACAUCCAGCAGAGAACACUCUGGAGAUACCAUCCAUGGCUGUUCCAGCACCUCCCACUAUGACUACUCCAGAAUCUCCUGCUGUUGCCAUCCCAGAACUUCCUGCUGUAGCUGACUCAGAACCUCCCAUUAUGGUUGUUCCAGAAACCCCCACUGUGGCUUUCCAGGAGCCUCCUGCUGUGGCUGCCCCAGAGCUUUCCUCCAUACCGGUCUCAGAGCCUCCUGUGGCUGGCCCUGAGCUUCCCGCUUUGGCUGACCCAGAGUAUGCUACAACUGCAGGGUCAGGUGUUUCUUCCCUGGAGCCUUCUGUGCCUGUUGUGGAACCAGCGGUGUCAGUCUUUCAGCCUGUUAUGGUUGUUUCAGAACCCUGUGCUUCUGCCCAGGGAACUACCAUGGCAGUUUCAGAACCUGCUGUCACCGUUUCGGAGCAUUUGCAAAUGCCACCUGAGACAGCUUUAGAGUCUUUACCAACAGUGGAAUCUAGUGUUCUGUCAUCACAUGUUAUAAAAGGAAUGAAUUUACUUUCUGGUGAUCAAAGUCUUGGUCCAGAUGUUGGCAUGCCGGAGAUUCUGUUGCAUCCAGGUAGAGAACCACAUGAUGGAGGACACUUGAAAAGUGACUUGUAUGAAAAUGACUAUGAUAGAAGUACAGACCUUACUAUAAACAGUCAUUUAAUUGCUAAAGAUGUGGAGCGUAAUACAGUGUGUGCUGCUACCAUUGGUCCUAUUGGUGAAUCAAGUGAAGAGAAAGUUUUGCCUGUCAUUGAGACUAAGGAAGUCACAGAAUUGAAUACCUGUCCUGCUGUUAGUGAAGCUGAAGUAGGAAGAAGUCUAUCUUCUCAACUUGCUCUGGAAAUGGAUACAAUGGGAACUAGUAAGGGGUUGGAAUUUGUCACAGCAUCUGUUCCCAGUUUAGCUAGUAAAUAUGACGUUGAAGUAUCUUUAACUUCUCAAGAUACUGAACAUGACAUGGUAAUUUCCACCAGCCCCAGUGGUGGCAGUGAAGCCGACAUAGAGGGACCUUUGCCUGCUAAAGACAUUCAUCUUGAUUUACCAUCAACAAAUGUAGUUUGUAAGGAUACAGAAGACCCAUUACCUAUAAAAGAGAGUGAGCAGACAGUAGCAGUUGCACUUAGUCCUAAAGAAAGUGAAGAUAAAGAAGUAUCUCCUCCCAAUAAAGAAACAGUUGCUGAUGCGGGAUAUCCUGCCAGCAUUGAUGAGAUUAACGAAGCUGACCUGGUGAGACCAUUACUUCCUAAGGACAUGGAACGUCUUACAAGCCUUAGAGCUGGCAUUGAAGGACCUUUACUUGCAAGUGAAGUUGAACGGGACAAACUGGCUGCCAGUCCUGUUGUAAUUAGUAUACCAGAAAGAGCUUCAGAGUCUUCCUCAGAGGAAAAGGAUGAUUAUGAGAUUUUUGUAAAAGUUAAAGACACACAUGAAAAAAGCAAGAAAAAUAAAAACCGUGACAAAGGUGAAAAAGAGAAGAAAAGGGACUCUUCUUUAAGGUCUCGGAGUAAGCGUUCCAAGUCUUCUGAGCACAAGUCACGCAAGCGCACCAGUGAGUCUCGUUCUAGAGCUAGGAAGAGGUCGUCUAAGUCAAAGUCACACCGUUCUCAAACACGCUCAAGGUCACGUUCAAGACGCAGGAGGAGGAGUAGCAGAUCAAGAUCUAAGUCUAGAGGAAGACGGUCUGUAUCAAAAGAGAAGCGCAAAAGAUCUCCAAAGCAUAGAUCCAAGUCCAGGGAACGGAAAAGAAAAAGAUCAAGCUCCCGGGACAACCGGAAAACAGUUCGAGCUCGGAGUCGAACUCCAAGUCGUCGGAGUAGGAGUCACACUCCUAGUCGACGGAGAAGGUCUAGAUCUGUUGGUAGAAGGAGGAGUUUUAGCAUUUCCCCCAGCCGCCGGAGCCGAACCCCCAGCCGCAGGAGCCGAACCCCCAGCCGCCGGAGCCGCACCCCCAGCCGCAGGAGCCGCACCCCCAGCCGCAGGAGCCGCACCCCCAGCCGCAGGAGCCGCACCCCCAGCCGCAGGAGCCGCACCCCCAGCCGCAGGAGCCGCACCCCCAGCCGCAGGAGAAGAUCAAGGUCUGUGGUACGAAGACGAAGCUUCAGUAUAUCACCAGUCAGAUUAAGGCGGUCAAGAACACCUUUGAGAAGAAGGUUUAGUAGAUCUCCCAUUCGUCGUAAAAGAUCCAGGUCUUCUGAAAGAGGCAGAUCACCCAAACGUCUAACAGAUUUGGAUAAGGCUCAAUUACUUGAAAUAGCCAAAGCUAAUGCAGCUGCCAUGUGUGCUAAAGCUGGUGUUCCUUUACCACCAAACCUGAAGCCUGCACCUCCACCUACAAUAGAAGAGAAAGUUGCUAAAAAGUCUGGAGGAGCCACCAUAGAAGAACUAACUGAGAAAUGCAAACAGAUUGCACAGAGUAAAGAAGACGAUGAUGUAAUAGUGAAUAAACCUCAUGUUUCGGAUGAAGAGGAAGAAGAACCUCCUUUUUAUCAUCAUCCCUUUAAACUCAGUGAACCCAAGCCCAUUUUUUUCAAUCUAAAUAUUGCUGCAGCAAAGCCAACUCCACCAAAAAGCCAAGUAACGUUAACAAAGGAAUUUCCUGUGUCAUCUGGAUCUCAACAUCGGAAAAAAGAAGCUGACAGUGUUUAUGGAGAGUGGGUUCCUGUAGAAAAGAAUGGAGAAGAAAACAAAGAUGACGACAACGUUUUCAGCAGCAGCUUACCCUCAGAGCCUGUGGACAUCUCAACAGCAAUGAGUGAACGGGCACUUGCUCAGAAGAGACUCAGUGAGAAUGCAUUUGACCUUGAAGCAAUGAGUAUGUUAAAUCGAGCUCAAGAACGGAUUGAUGCCUGGGCUCAGUUGAACUCUAUCCCUGGGCAGUUCACAGGGAGUACGGGAGUGCAAGUCUUGACACAGGAGCAGCUGGCUAACACUGGGGCCCAGGCCUGGAUCAAAAAGCCCCAGGCCCCUGUAUGGUGGUCAGCUGUGAGAUUCAAUUAAGCGGUUGGGAGGCCCUAAUUAAUGCUGCAUGUGGUAAACUUGCCAUGGGACUGAAAGGUCGGGGGAGGACGGCUGGAAUGUGGGGUGGGCAGUUGUGAAGGGGGGUAAGAGGGUGGGACGGGCUGCAGAUAACUAUCUGUGGACCACCAUUUAGGUCCUGGUGGCCUCUGGUGAUCCACAGGCUCAGUUUGAGAACCACUGACUUCAUGAGAAAACAGGAUAUGUAAGACCUAAAAUCAAGGGAGAGGACGGAACAUCUCAUGCUGCGAAGAUGUAGGUGACCUGAUUUCAGAUUCCUGCAAUGAGAUUUGUCAACUCUACCUACGGCUACCUCACUGUUGGGGGAGUCUUAGGUGGUUAGAAGGGGCUUUCUGAAGAACUGAUGUCUGGUGACUGGGCUGUGGUUGGUGGGUGAUGAGAAAUCUGUUUCAGGAGUGCUGAGACUGGGAGGGAGGCUGCGUGGUCUCCUGAAUUGGGAAGGUUUCUUUGUCCUGCUGUGCUCCUGGCUCCUUGUGUGAUCAUGGGCAAGUAAUUCCCAGUUGUCAAGUGGUGGGAGACAGGUUCUUAAUAAUGCCUCAGACAGUGAUAAUCAGUGAUGUAAUGGGUACCUAUUACCUGUAGAAUUGAAUGAGGGCUAUUCAUGGGUGAGCUGAAUUUUUUUUAAAAAUUAGAAAUUUUAGUUGCUUUGGACAUUUAAUACCAUAACAGUUCUUAUUUAACAAAUUAAUAUAAGGUAUUAUGCAUCUACAUUGUGCUUGCCUUUUUCCUGUUAAAUAGUUGUACCUAGGCAUUGGUUUUGGGAAAAAGGGAAUGAUACAGAAAUAUUUAUAAAGCUUGUAUUCAUUUUACAUACUAAGACUUGGUAUAAAUUAUGAAGGUGAUAAUUGAAAAGUAGCUUUCAUCUUAGUGGGAAGAAUUAUGUGUUUACUUUUUUUAUGACGUUGGACAUUAAACUGGGGCCCUCAAUUUAGACAGUAAGCACAUGUGCAGAGCUUAGUGUUGAGUUGUGCUUCACCCAUCUGGUCUUGACGCUGAGGGCCUAGGGUUGCAGGAAGUAGACGUGAAGUAUUUUUGAGUGUAUAUGCUCAUUAAUAGCUCAUGUGCUUCCAGAAGGUAGAAGCUUCUGGAAGGUUUUUCACUGUGAAAUGUGCUUAUAUAUAAAGAGCAGACAAACAUGAGUAUUUCCCAGGUGAGUCUUCACUUGUUCAAGGGGCUACCUAGACACUUUGUCCCAAGUAAUUGUGUGCUAUUUAUCAGCUUGUGAUUGUUCACUAGAAGUUUUAAAGUUGCUUUAUCUUAUAGUUUAAUUAGGGUAUAAUUAUAUGUUCAUCAGACUAAGUUACAUUAUAGAGGAAAUAAACACUCAUAGGAAAAUGACCAUAUGUGAAGAAUUACUGGAGAGUAUCUGCUUAAUGAAAGCUGCAGGACGAUUCUCUUAUUACAUAGGCCCGUGCAUUGUUUCAUUCAUAUUUAAAUUUUGAAAUGGCCGUUUGGCUUUUCUUGGCCCAGCACUGUCAUGUAUUAAAAACUAUAGGGGAAGCCAACCAAUAUAAAUUCUUAUCAUGAGGACAUUUAACAGUUAACUAAUUUGAAUAGACUUUUAUUUUCUCAAAUGAUUUGAUUUCAUAAGUGUUGGUUACUGUGGUCUCCUUAGAGUAAGACAGCUGUAUUCUAAUAUAAUAGCAAACAGAAUUGGAAAACUGGGCUACUUGGGGAUUUACAUUGUACUCUGUCUGUACAGUUGCCCUUUUUUUUAGGAGUGUUUCCUGGAAAUGAGGGGAGAUGAACCUGGAAGUAAGUAAAGUCAUUCUAGGUGUGUAGCAUCAAGGCAGUUGGUACCCAAGCUAACUUUUCUCUCUAUAUCCACAAUGCAUGGCCUGCACCAAAUAAGGAACUGAACCAGGGGUAUGUUUUUACCUCCAUAGCCGCCUCCUUCCAUCAGAGCACCUUGUGGAACUUAAUGUCUAGUCACAUGUCAUUGGCAUGUUUUCUCCCCAACAUUUAACUAUAAAGUUGAGGAAAAGAACUUAUAUAGUUUACUACAGUGAAAAAAUAAAACUUUUAACUUAUGAAGGAAAAAUAAUGUCAGUACUUGCUUGCUGAGCUACCAAACAUUUGACUCUCUGUAUUGACUUGGUUGUAUUUGGCAGAGAACAUUAACCUACACUGUAAUAAUUGGAAAUAAAACAUGGUUUAUAGGAGCUUCGAUUAAAAGGGGAAAAAGUCCCAUGUAGAUGAAGAGUGGGACUCAUGCCUGGUAGAUUAUGUACUGGCACCUUUUAAAGGGCCCUGGACACUUCUUGCCUGCGGACCGUGCUACAGUACACAGUGGUGCAGCUCAGGACAUUAAGUGGUUUGCUGCUUUGAUGGAAAUUAUGGUUCAGUGGGUUGGAUACAAGAGAGAUGAUUGUUCACAGAAUAACCUGUGAACUUUCACCCCUCUGUAUGGAAACUUGUUUCAGGGCCAAAUCCUUGUAGCUGUCUUCUUGCCCCGGUCAGUGCCAGCCGUACUAUUCACAACACUGCUGCUGCCGAGGCCUAGGUAUGUAAACGUUUAAGGAGUUUUUUAAGUCUUUUAACAUCAAGCCAGGGCUUAGAAGAAUUCAGAUUUGGUAUACUCAGGGUAUUUUAUGUGCUUAUCUUCAACUUACUACAUGUAAAUAUAUUCUGUUGCAUAGGGAUUUUCUAAGUAAAAAUUUGAUACCUGCUUUACAGUAGAAUGGGACGAAAACUGGAUGACAGACAAUUGUAUGCUUCUUCAGUGUCCAAACUAUUUUAAAAUAAUUUCUAGGCUUUAUUUAUAAACUAGGUAUACUUGAGAUAAUAAUAUUGACUGUUUUAACAUUGCCUUCUUUUUAUUUUGCAA